AUGCGCCUGAACCGCGAGUGCGACCUGAUGAGGGCGGUCUACAGCUCGAUCUGCACUUCGGUUGAAAUGUGCGAAGAGCACUUCAAGCAAACUGUGCAGAGAGAUGAUUCCGGAAGAUAUGUCGUUCGUUUACCUAUGCGCACAGAGAUGGUUUCGUUGUUAGGAGAUUCGAACGCCCUCGCACUCCGUCGUUUCAAGUCAAUGGAACGAAACUUUGCCGCAGAUAAAACCUUCGUCAAGCCUACGUCAAUUUCUUGGCAGAUUACGAGAAGCUUGGACAUAUGGAGCACCACUACGAAAAUCAGAGUCGUGUUCGACGGUUCUUGUCGUGGUUCAACUCAUUUGUGCCUCAAUGAUGUUCUCUACACUGGUCAUUCCGUGCAACCAGCUUUGAACGCCACCGUUUUUAACUUUCGAAUGCCUCUUUACGUCGUGACUGCCGAUAUUGAAAAGAUGUUUCGCCAAAUUUUGAGUCCACCCAGAAGAUCGAAAGUUCCAGCAAAUUCUUUGGAAAACCAGGCCGUCAGAACCAAUCAGCACCUUGUUGCCGAUGAAGGAGAAUACUACCCAUUGGCUGCUCAGAUCUUACGAAACGGAACCUACAAGGGCGAUAUUCUCACAAGUCACAACGAUCCGAAAACUCUCGAAGAUAGCUGUCACGAACUCAUCGAAAUGCUCUCAAAAGCCGUCUUCGUUUUGCGGAAAUUCGCCACAAAUGACCAGUCAAUACUGUCCAAAACACCAUCCGAAUUGUGGGAAUUGAAAAACGUCUUGGAGCUAGACAGAACAGCCGCAAUAAAAACCCUAGAUCUCCUUUGGUUUCCACAUAGCGACAGCUUACGAUUCAAGGUGCCUUUCCUUCCGGAAUCAAGCGGUAUCACCAAGCGCAUCGUAGUGUCGUAA